AUGAAUAAAAUAAUUAACUAUGGGGCCAUCCUUUUUUCAUCUUGGCGCAUCAUGCACAUUCCGUUUAUUUAUGGUUUGGCUAUGUAUGCAGCUCGUACGUGGCUGCACUCACAAAUAGAAAGGGCUGCGCAUUCUUUUAUUUUAUACCAGAAGCGUGUUUAUUUAUCUCAAAGUUUUCUUUAUCAGGAGCUUAAAUCGCAUCUACUGCGUGGUUCAACAUUAACAUGCAGCAACAAUUUUAAUAGAACCGGCCUGAAACCGUCGCAUAUAGCAUAUUUUAUACUUUUUAUCCAAAUGGAACACGGAUUGUGCUUAAAUCCAGAAAAUAUUUGUAAUCUCUGUAAACGAAUGCAAUGA